AUGGGCUACGGGGGGUUGAAGACCUGCCUGGGAAGCGCCUACCCCGGUGGUUGGUACCGCUGCACCUCUUGCUUGCUUGCGGCGGCGGGUAUCGGAUCAGUGGCCCAGGGGAGUGUUACGGAGGAACUAGCACGGCUAGCCGUGGAGUUGCACGGCAGCGCGGUCGCAGACAGCUCUUCGGUCACUUACGAGUCGGGGCGGCGGCGCUUUGUGCGCUUCUGUACGGAGGUCGCAGGGGUGCCGGAGGCGGACGCCCUGCCCCGCCAGCGUGGGUCUGACCUCAAUCGGGACCUGGUGUGUCUGUUCAUAGCGCAUGCAGUUGGCCGGUACGCGACCUCCUCCGUCACCGGCACGCUGAGCGCCCUGGCGGACUGGCAGCGGUUCAUGGGAGUCUCGCCAGAGGCAUAUAUCAGCCGCGACCCGCUGGUCAAGCGAACCCUGGGCCAAGCGUUGCGAAGCAGUUCGUCUAUCGCCACGUGGAGCGAGCGCGGGCAUUACGUCAUGGACGUGGACCUGCUGGCGCCGACCAAACGCACCGUCAACGCGCUCGGCGCCACGGAAGGCAGAGCCGGCGGAGGUAGCAGCCCUGGAGGAAGUGCUGCCGGCGCCCCCAGCACUCGCGGUGGCAGCACCGCCAGCAGUCACACCGGCGGAGGCCAACCGAACGGUCUAUUGGCCGCCUACUUGACUGCAGCUCCCCACUCGUUCGCUUGCUUUUCUAUGUUAUUGUGAUAAUAUGCCUUCUCCUAUAGGAAUGCCAUUUCCCUAUAGGGCAAAGCAUGCAGGCAUCAUGGUCUGUAAUCAAACUCCAGU